AAUUACUACAUUAUUAUUUAUUAUCAACCAUUGCAAUAUCAUCACCAAUAAGUGACAUGGGUUACUCAAAUUCAUAUUUGUUUCUUGGUCUUAAUCUUUUUGUUUUUCUCUCUUCUCAAGCUUUAGCUGAUAUUCAUGUUUUACCAAUGCUUACUGUUGAACCCAAUCUUCCUUCAAUGACCGAUCAACUCAAUGACAAGCAAAUCUCAAAGAUAAAGGCGUAUUUCAGACUUCUCGAUAAGGAUCAAGAUUUUUCUAUUGAUAAUGAUGAACUUCAGACUCUAAUACGGUCGCUUGGCCUAAACCCAACGUUUUUCGGCCUGAUGGUAGCAAUGAAUAAGUUUGACGCUGACGGAAAUGGUACCAUUGAUUUCACCGAAGAAGAUUUUAUCAUAUCUUUCCCUAAGCCUGACAAGGAUCAUAAUGGUUUUGUCUCUGCAUCUGAGUUGCAUUAUUACUUGACAAAUCACGGCACCAAGGUGACCAAGGAAGAAGUGGACGAGUAUGUUCGUGAGGCUGAUGUUGAUGGUGAUGGACAAAUAAACUUUGAGGAGUUUGUCAAAGCUGUGACCAUGGGUGGAUCCAUUGUGGUCUGAAGGUGUGCAAAUAAACAUAGUACGAGUACGGGUACGAUACGAUACGGGUACGCGGAUACACGAAAAUUUUAAAAUUUAGGAUAUGAUAUGGCUAAGAUACGAUAACAAAAUAUUUAUAGUAAAAUUUAUAUGCAUGUAAAAUAUUUGAAAAAAAAGCAUUAAUUACUCUUCAAUACUAUAUAAUCAUAAAAGUCACGAUUUACAGAAAAUAAUACAUAUGAUCAAAAUAAAAAUUGUGAAGUGAUCUAUAAAUCAUAUUCUAUUUUCAUUCA